CCGAAAGGGAGACCCUAUUCAAAAUCCAUAUGGCAUAUUUCCCGGCGCGCAGAAGAACAAAUAAAAAAAAAUAUUUAAAGCUGGAGCUGGGCUUCCCGGGUUAUGUAAAACGCGGUCUCGGAUGGAGGUAAACGGAGCUACCGUUUACAGCCGUGACGUAGCAGCUUGGUUUCCUGGUAACGGUUGCCGUAGUGACGGGGCCUAGUCGGCGGCGCUGAGCCUGGAUGGCCAAAUACCCUUGCUCCGGGGAAUGUCGCUGCGGCUGCCACCCGCUGGUGGUGCCCCGUAGUCAGCGCUGGCACGAGAAGGAGGUGGGCAACUGGAUCCAGAAACUAGGCUUCCCCCAGUACAAGGACUGUUUUGUAUCAAACAGAAUCACUGGCAGGAAACUUAUUUUUGUCAACUGUUCCACCUUGCCUCGUAUAGGAAUCACAGACUUUGAACAUAUAAAGGUGAUUUCCCAUGAGAUUCAGAAGCUGCUGGACAUCGAGGAGCCGCUCUGGAGUCGGAGUAUUUCCAAACCCCACAGAGAUCCCAUGGGGCUAUUCUUGGAGCGCAAAGCUCCAACAGGCCAGAGAGCUGAUGCACUAACACUUGAAGAAUUCCUGAAGGAGAUGGAUGAGUGAACCGCUCUGCACUCCAGAUGCAAAUUGGGAAGAACCUUGCCAGUUGUAAAGAUUUCAAAGAAACCUCUGGCUUUUCAAAGUGGGGUCCCGAGGCAUUGAGAGACCAACAAGAAUGGGAUUCCAGGCAGUCUGGUUAUCAGAUUUCUGUAUUUCACAAGAUGCAGUAUUACGGUAUUCUUGCUGCCAUAUCAUUGUGUGUGUGUCUUUGGUCAGUGGUCUGGUCACUGAUUCUUGCCACUUGUCACCACAUUUAUGAAUUUCUACUUCCAUCAUAUCCUGUAAUAGGGCUACACUGAAUACUUCAUAUAAAUCACAAAAUCCACUGGUUCUAAAUUGGGAAAUAUCCAGGUAUUUUCAGUAAAUGUAAAGUGUUUGACACCAGCAAAACUGAUUCUUAUACAAAUGGAAACAUUUUGAAUUAUGUGAACAUUCUGAUAGUUAACCCCAGUUAUAGCAGAUUGUCUGUUCAGAGGCUGUAUAGAAUAUCCACUGUAUCUCCACCUAGCUCCAAUGGUAAAAUCAAUUACAGUACAUGCACAUGUUACAAGCUAAACUACCAUUCGAGAUCUAAAACAAAUAAUUUAAGUCAAUGUUAUAAUUGUUACUGAUGAUAGUUAGAUGCAAGUGAGGUGAGAUUUGCAGUGUCAAGUGCAAUUAUACUCAACCAAAUUCAGAAAGAGGUGCAGGUAAGGAGAGAACCCAUUUCAAAAUAUCAGGUCCCACCACAAUUCCACUUGCCUCCCAAACUUUCCACUGUCUCUGAUUUAUCAGAUUGCUCAGCCAACGUCCAGUCCUGCAUGAUCAGAAAUUUUCUCCAAAAUGGGAGAAUUGAAACCGGUGUCUUUGAUUGUAGCCAGAAAAUGGAUUCCCUAAAUGUGAUUUCCUCCAUCUCUGGGAACUAUUUAAGGCUGAACCAGACUGUUUGCUGCCCUUUCCUGGAAUACUUUUCUGACUACAAAGCCACCCCAUUGCUAAGAUUACCUAUACUUUUACCUCUAACACUGGCAGAUGUGGGGAGGUAGGGCCAUAAUGGUAAUGCCACUAGACUUGUCCUGAACCCUGGGCUAAUGUUUUUGGGACAUGGGUUUUAAUCUGACCAUAGUGGAUUGUAAACUUUGAAUUCAAUUUUAUUAACCAGCCUGGAAUAAAAAGGUACCCUCAUGGCAAUCACAUAAUCACUGUUGAUUAUUGUAAAUGUCACUACUGUCCUCUAGGGGAGGAUAUUUACCUGGUUAGGCCUACAUGUGACUCCAGAUUCACAAUGUGGUUGACUCUUAACUUCUGGACUAACCAGAGAUGUCCACAUCUUGUGAAUAACAGAUUUUGAUCCUGCCUGAACUGCUCAAUCUUUAUCGAUACAUUUGUUGCCUCUGGACUUCAUGACUGUAAUGCUCCUGUCACUUGGCAUCAUCAUCUACCCACCAGACACUUGAGGCAACCCAGAACCUGGGUGGCUGUAUUCUCACUUGCACCAAGUUCUGUGCACCCAUCUUCCCAGUGGUCAUUAACCUAUGUAGGCAACUUCUCAAUUUUAAAAUUCUCAGCCUCAUUUUCAUUCCUCUCCAUGGCUUUGUAUCCCUCCAUAUCUCUCUAAACAUCUCCAACUCCACAAUCCUUUCUCUGCCUUCUUUAGUUUGACUCUUUAGGCAUCCCAAUUAUCUUCACUGCACCUAUAUAGAUUGUACCUUUGACUACCUAGGCCCAAAGUCUGGAAUACCCUCCUACUGCCACUCUGACUGAGAUAUGAAUAGUUAAUGAGGAAGCAAAGGCAUGAAAGAUGUAAAGAUUGAAGCUUGAGCUUAGUGGAGAUCUUGUACAUUCUCUGUCCUUGGUAGAAUUUUACCGUCCCAUGUAAGGAGGCUUGGCUUCAGCCCUGACCUGACUUGCCCCAUAGAGGUCAAUUAAUGGCCAUUUCCUGCCCUGCUGCAGUUUUUAGACUGGCUGAAGAUCAGGGACAGUGGAGGGGGCUGCUCCACAGGUCAGCCAGGCUUCUCUUAGAAGACUGCACCUUCCCCAGUGGCCCCUCCCUUUCUCAAUCCUGCCCUCACACUGGCAGGUGCAAAUCAGCCCUUACACGCCCAAAAUGCUCAAGCCCAAACUCUAUCACUAUGGUGGGUGCCACUAUUGCCUCUGUGCCAGAAGGCUGAGGGAUCAAUCCACAUUCCAGAAAUAUGAGCCACACAUGUGACUUUGACCCAAAACAGCAUAGUUGAAUCUUAACUGCCCUCUGAAGUUUCACCACAGAACCAGUUCCACCACUGAACACACCAGAUGGCCUCCUUC